UGCCUCGAGGAGCGGUACCGCGCCGUGUGCGGCGCCGCGCGCUCGCGCUCCGUGCUCUCGCUCGGCCUCGCCUGCUUCCAGCGGCUCCCGCUCCAGCCCGGCGCCGCCCGCUACCGCGCGCAGAUCUACAACCUGACGCUGCUCUGCACCGAGGACUACGUGGUGGAGCCGCAGUCCGUGCGCUUCCUGGUGCAGCACGGCUUUGACUUCAACAAGCAGUACUCGCAGGGCAUCCCCUACCACAAGGGCAACGACAAGGGGAAUGAGGACCAGAGCCAAAGCGUUCGGACCUUCUUCCUGGAACUCAUACGAGCAAAGAAGCCCCUCGUCCUCCAUAACGGCCUGAUUGACCUGGUGUUCCUGUACCAGUGCUUUUAUGCUCACCUUCCCGAGAGCCUUGGCACUUUCACUGCUGACCUCUCAGAAAUGUUUCCAGCAGGAAUAUAUGACACCAAGUAUGCCUGCGAGUUUGAGACCCGCUUUGUAGCCUCCUACCUGGAGUAUGCUUACAAGAAGUGCAAGCGGGAGAACUGCAAGCUGAAGGAUGCCGGCAGCCAGCACCUUUCCAUCGAGUUCUGCAGCUACCCGGCCAGCAUGUCCCACUACAUCGACUACCGCGCUCUGGAAGAGGCCAAGCAGGACGUGGCAGAGGCAAAUAAGGUGCCUGUCUGCGAGAAAUUUUCGGCAUAUGGAUGGUGCCCAAAUGGGGUGAAGUGUCCCCAGUCCCAUAAUAUUGACCUCAUAAUUGAUGAGGAUGACAAGCUUUGGGAGAAGCGGAAGAAACGGAAGCACAAAUGGAAGCGUCGGAAGAACGCAGAAGGGUCUGCAAAGGAGUUUGAGCAGGAAAGCUCGGGGCAGGAAUUGGAGCUAGCUCGGAAUGGGGAGGAGGGGCCGCCCCGCAAGCAGAGCUGUCCCUGUGAGCCAGCAGCUGCCAUGGAGCUGGCAGGGAGCACGGGCAGCCCUGAGGACGGGCACCUGGAGGAGACAGACAUGGAACCAGAGGUUAGCUCAGACACCCGGGCACACGCCAAGAGGGAGGGGGAUUCGGGGAGCACUGAAGCAACUGCAGCCCCCUUGGAAGCCUCGGACACCUGGGCACACGCCAAGAGGGAGGAGGAUUCAGGGAGCACCGAAACUGCUGCUGCCCCCUUGGAAGCCUCCGUGAGCCCCUCUGCCGAGGGCAACGGCUUUCACAGCGGCCACGUGGAAGGGAAGGCCGAGGGCCCUGGCAGCUCAGAGACCCAAACAGCCUCUGCUGCAGGAAAGCCCAGGGAGUCCUCGCAGGGGGGAACCCACCGCGCCGGCUUCGACGCCUUCAUGACGGGCUAUAUCAUGGCCUACGUGCAGAUGCUCAAGAAAGGAACAAGCACGGACGCUGAUGCAGGGCCCUGGCUGCCCGAGUGUCACAACAAACUGUACCUCAGUGGGAAAUCGGUGCCGCUGCAGAUAGUGAAGAGCUCCUUUUCCAAGUCUUCCAAAGCUCACAACCAGAAGAUGAAGUUGGCCUGGGCCAGUGACUAGGGCUAGAAGACUUGCAGAGCUCUCUUGUUCCCCUCUUCCUCUUCUUUUCUUCCCUAAAGUGUUGAAGGUUUUGACUUCAUCCCAUCAUGAACUGGCCCGGGGGAAGCAAAUUUCUUAUUCCUGC